AUGGCUUCGACAUCAGGUUCAACAAACACCCCCAAAAGUAUCAUCAUUCGUGCGCAUGAGCAGUGGCACGAUGAACAUCAGAAGAUUACUCAGGAUUGGUUCCGUUUCGCUGGUUACUCCAGCGGCGAUGAAGAUUACGACUGGACAAAAGACCAUUACGUGCACCUAGGAGGGGUGAAUGAUAGACGAUUUCACCUCAUCAUCGAUAUAAAGAAAAAUGAUUCUUGUACCCCCUUACAGCCAGAAGAUAUGCCUCUCGAAUUUUACCGCUUAAGGAAGCCAAUCGGGAAAGCCUCGUGA